AUGCGUGCCAGCGCGCGAGAGCAUAUGGGAAGUUAGUUUUUUCUUGUAUCUGUUUGCAGAGGAACCAGUUCUACCUCAGACCUUACCACCCGGUGUCACGCAAAAGGAUGUCGAGCUGUUCAAGGAUGCCCGGGAGAGAGCGGCUCGAUUAACCGCCGCGAACGGCGACGGCGUGGAAACGACGACAGUAGUGAGCCUAGGGAACAGCACAGGGAAUACUGGGAAUACUGGGAGUGGCGUUAGGAAUCCCGCGGCCAUAGUUUUCGGCCGUUACGAAGUAGAGACCUGGUACUCCAGUCCGUUCCCCCAGGAGUAUGCAAGACUACCGAAAUUGUUCUUCUGUGAAUUUUGCUUGAAGUACACGAAGAGUCGAGCUGUACUUGAUCGACACAUGGACAAAUGCCAAUGGAGGCAUCCUCCGGCUACUGAGAUCUACAGAUGCAACGGAUUGUCUGUAUUCGAGAUCGAUGGUAACGUGAACAAAAUAUACUGUCAAAAUCUGUGUCUGCUGGCGAAAUUGUUCUUGGAUCAUAAAACCCUGUACUACGACGUCGAACCAUUUCUGUUCUACGCAGUAACGAAAAACGACAAGUAUGGCUGCCAUUUGGUUGGCUACUUCAGCAAAGAGAAGCACUGUCCCGCGCAGAGAUACAACGUAUCGUGCAUCAUGACAUUGCCGCAAUAUCAGAGACAAGGAUUUGGCAGGUUUCUGAUUGAAUUUAGUUACCUCCUGUCGAAAGUGGAAGGCAUCCCCGGCACGCCAGAGAAACCUCUUUCGGAUCUCGGUCGAGUGUCGUAUCACUCGUUCUGGAAAAGCGUCGUGCUCGAAUAUCUUGACGCCCAUAGAAACUCCACGGAUAUCAAGCUGGGAGACAUAACGAAGGAGACCGGCGUGUCGGCACACGAUAUCGCAACUGCUAUGCAACUGCUGGGAUUCGUUAGAUCGGUCCAUUUACCCGGCGAGGGGAAUUCUAAAGUGGCUGUGGUAGUCGACUGGAGCAAAGUGGACGCUCACAUGGCGAAAAUACGAAAAAGUUCGCGUAUCAAGCUGGAUCCUGAUUGUCUCAGAUGGAUACCGCUGCUCACGCAGAUUCCCAAUCCAUAUCAAAGUACGGAAGAAAGUGGUGACACCAGUUCCGAGUCCUCACCGGUGGUGGAACCGAAACACGUACCGACGAUCGUCGAGAAGAUCCAAAAGGUUAAGAUUAAAAAGAAACCGAGAGGCAGGAGGCUAGGGCAGAGGCGAUCCUCGCCGUUGAAGCAGAAAGCCAGCACUCCGAAAUCGAGUGGACAGAAGGAUACCAUUUCCAAAGAUGCGAAAGAGUCGCGAGACGCAAAGACGCUGAAAGAGACGAGGGAAUCUAAGGAAACGAACGUGGCCAAGGAAGCGAAAGAGACGAGAGAAACGAAGGACACGGAGAAAAGGAGUCGAAACGCUGUUGCCACGGAAAAUGCUAAGGAAGCGAUGGAGGUGGAAACGAAGAGCGUUGCGACACCGUCGAGGAACUCUCGCGCACUGGCUGCUUCAAAAAACGUGAAUUCAAUGAAUUCAACGACGUCAUCUACGACAACGAUCACGACAACGACCACGACUACUACUCUAACGACAACUACGACCACGACCACGACGACGAUGUCCAGACGAAGGAUUAGAACACCAAAGACACCACUGGGCAGUGCCUCGGUAACGACGACGAUGACGACAACGACAACGUCGACUACUCCCCUGCGAAAACGAAAACAUUCCGAAAAGACUGAAGUUGAAGAAAAGGAGGAACGGUCCGAAGGUAGUAGUUCCCGAAAGAGAACUCGAGAAUCUUUGCGCGAAAAAGAAAAGGACAAAGAACGAGAGAGAGAAAAGGAGAAACUUAAGGAGCGUGACAAACCGAAAGAGAGGGAUAACCAUCCUAAAGAUAAGGACAAGGAUAGUACGAACGAGGUGGAGAAGUCGUCGUCCUCUAAGGCGAUUGAAUCGUCCGUCUCAUCGUCCGUUACGCAGAAACCUACGAAAAAGCAAUGCAAAGUAGACGAUAUUUUGUUAAAAGUGACCAGCCGACAAUCCAAGUUGCACUUGCAAACGAAACAGGCGAAAGAGAAGAAAAAUUUGGAGCAGAGCCAGUGUAACGGGAAAGAAGAGACAAAGGAGGUUAAAACGUUGCCGGUGUCGAGACGGGGAAGAGCAAAAGUCGAGAAGGAAGCCCUAAAAAUGCCACAGUUAAAACCGGAAACCCCAACGAAGAGCGAUCGACCCGAAACUCCCGUGAUACUUCCUCCAUCGUUAUCCCCGCCGCCAUACUCCGAAGAGACUGAAUCUCUCUUAAGUAUUAAGCAACAGUCGUCACCAGUCGUCGCAGAGCAGCUACUUACAACCCCAGCCAAGAAAGAGGUUUCUAACGCAGCAGAAACUGUAAAGAACAAAGACGAUGUUGUUGAAGAAACUGACAAUGCCGAUGGCGGUAGCACUGAUGACGCCUGCGGAUCGACCGUUCUUCCGGAAGUAGAAGCGACUGCGUCUGCUAGCCCAGGAGAAUACGAGGGAGGAGACGAGGACGAGGGCGAAGAAGAAGUACCUGCACCGAAAUUGAAAUCUAUGACACACGCGAAAAGCGAUUUGAGCGGACGAACUGAGAAAUCAGAAGACAAUGCGCAUGAGAAGAAGCUCGAAGACGAGAGCAACGCCUCCUUCGCGUCGAAGCCGACGUCUGAAUCGGAAUCGGCUGUAUUAGAGGAAGAAGUACAAAGAGGAGAGGGCCAGGGCGAGGGUGAAGGAGCAGUAGAUAAGGGUGAAGGCGAGGCUGAAAGAGAGGAUGAAAUUUGUAGUUCGGAAACGUCAAAAUUGGUACCUGAUCUUUCUUCGCCUAAAGAAGAAGAAGAAAUCGAAAAGUUGAAAACUGUUAGUCAAGAUGUAGGUAGCUGUAGAGAAGCUAAUGGAGUUUCCGAAAGAUUAACGUUGAAGAAUUCGAAAGAAGAAUUGACGAGGCCAAAGAUAGAAACUUCACCUGCAACGCCCACGGAGAGGAAGGAGUCAUCCUCCGCUGUUUCCAAUAUCGCGUCGCCUGAAACAGGGCCGUUCACGCCGCAAGAGAAGGUGUUGCCCAUCAUCGAGCAGCAAGAAACUACCAUUCACCUGCAAACUCACUCGGAAGAAUUGAAACAGAAUUCGCCGGAAAGUGGCAAGACAACGCCACACUUGGACAAUCCCGGUUCGGUGAAACGGACACCGCCGUCGCAACCUGAUUUACCGUCUAUGGGAGUUUAUACGCCGGACUCGACCACGAAUUCGGUGCAUUCGUUGCAUUACGGCCAGUGCGACUUGGACGUCAGCCAGUUAGGACUGGAGUCGCCUACGUCGAUCGCUAGCGAUCUUGCGUCGCAGAAUAGCGUCGAGAGACCACCGAGCGCGUUGCCAUCGAUGCCAUCUUCUGUUAGUGUUCCAAUUUCGGUGCCCAUGCAAAUAACUACACCGGUCACAUCCGCCGCUGUAAAUAUUUCACCGCAAGUACAGUAUGCCGAUUGCUCAAUGCCUCAGCAUACACCGUCGACGCACGUCAAUAUUCAUCCAAUGCAUCAGCCACAUACGCCGCAGCCUCUUCAGCAGCCACGUACACCGCAGUCUCACACGCCUCAAAGUAUGCAAACGCAAAGCCCUCAACCCCUUCCGCAGAGUCAUACGCCACAGCCGUUACCUCAGUCUCACACGCCGCAGCCACUCUCUCAGUCUCACACGCCGCAAAGUAUUCCGACGCAAAGCCCUCAACCGAUGCGACAGAGUCACACGCCGCAGCCUUUACCACCGUCCCACACACCUCAACCGAUGCAAUUGUCUCUGGCUCAACAAACGCAAAAUCAAAGUAUGACGCACGGUCAGUCUCAGCAGCAGCAAUCUCAAGCCCAGCAGCAACAGUCCCAACAGCAACAACAGCAGUCGCAAACGCAGUCUCACAGUAACAAGAGGGCCAGCGGCUCGCAAACGACUCACAGAUCGAGGUCGGCGCAGCAGAGUAGCAGAUCGCAUCGGACCACACCUCCUACGUCGCAUGCUCAGGCCUCGUCCCAAGGUCAUACAACCUCUCACGCGACGAGUCACGCGAGCCACACGAGCUCGCACACGAGCCACACAAGCUCGCACACGAGCCAUACAACGAUCGCGCAUACAACGCAUGUACCGCCGCAGUAUCAGCAGUCCUCGUCGAUGAGCGUACCGCCUGUACCUCAUCCACAUUCUCAUACACACGCUGCUCAUUCGCACAAUAUGGCCGUUAUCUCGCAGGGGAAUUACAUGGCCGUCGCUUCGCAAACGUUCCCAACACAGAACACGUACGUGAUCCAGCAUCGAAGCAGCAGAUCCGGCGCACCGACACCAUGCACCACAGCGACGAACUUUUAUAUUCAGACGAGCGCGAUGCCACCACAUUCGCACACACCGGCGCCCUCCUUGUCAGCUUCUGGAAAUCACCAAACCACGAACUCAUGCAGUCUAGCAAAAUUGCAACAGCUGACGAACGGAUUGGAGAUGAUACCUCCUACACCUCCGCCGGCGAUGAACCUGACGCCACCGCCGCCCAUACCACACACUAUGACACCACCGCAAACGUCGAGGCAAUUGCCGACGCCGCCUCAAGUACCCCUUGGCUACGCAAAGAAUUACUAUAACGUCAAUACGGUUCCGCCUACUACUCCCGGACCACCCAGUAGAUCCACCUCGAGGUCAUCGGCGAACGCAAAUAUGCCGUCUCUGACACAACCGUAUCCGAGCGAGAGCCUGUAUCGUCAGACUCUCGAUCCUGGAAGUACCUGUCCUCAAAUGCAGAGCGCCGCUAGUAGAGUCAGUCCGAACGUAGCAAUAAAUACGAAUCUCAUGGCGCAGUAUGGCUAUCGCGUGGCACAGCCUGGCACCGGCUACAUGAAUCAAGCGGCGCAGCUCGGUGGUUUCAUGAAUCAAGCCAGCCAGUUGCCUGUCGGAGUUGUCAAUGUACCUGCACCGUACCCUCAGGAUCCUCAUCAGCAAAAUCCAGCAACGGUGUACACGACGUAUCACGGCUACAUAAAUGGCGGUCUUAUGCAGCCUUUGAAUAGUUCGAUGAGGCCACGUUAG